UAAGCUUCGUAUUGAGUAACCCAGUAACCUUAAAAAAAAAUUGCACUCCAACUGGGAAUAUUUCAAAAAAUUUGCCAGGCACAACAAAAAUCGACAAUAAGUGGAAUGUAAAUGACAAAUCAAUCAGAAUCUCGAAAAGUGAUAAAACAAAAAAUGUUUAAUACUAGUAGUGCCAUAAUGUCAUAUAUGAUGACUUAACAAUGCCAAACGCUAUAACCUCUGAAUAAACUACGAUAAAGUGUCUUUAAUUCUUUCUAAUCAUGAACGGAGUAAGAUACUUAUCAAGUUGCAUCAACUCCAGUACAUCUCGAGGAAUUUUAUCCCUAAACUUGCAGAAAAAGAGUCGAAUCUUUCAUAAUACUGUGAAAUCCCUCCAGUGGCAAUAUAAUAAAUUGCAUUGUUCAGCUUAUCUUGGAGCGGAUUCAGAACCUCUAAGAGGAAAUUCAGAAAAUAUUGUUAAUAAUAAAAAAAAUUAUCGCUUUCAACAAGGGCCCGAUUUAGCAGACUUUAUUCUUGCGAACGCGAAGACAACACCUACAGUAAGCGCUCGAAAUCAUCCAUACCUAAAAACAAACUAUGGACCUGAGCAGAAAGUUUACUUCGACGUUUAUGGAUGUCAGAUGAAUGUGAACGACACAGAAAUCGUUUGGUCUGUAUUAAAAGGCAGUGGAUACACUCGAACGAUUCAGAUUGACGAAGCAGAUAUUGUUUUGGUAAUGACCUGUGCUAUAAGGGAGGGAGCAGAGCAGAAAAUCUGGGCGAGGAUAGAUCAGUUAAAUAGUUUGAAAAGAAAACGAAAGCAUCUAAGGAGUAGAUUUUCUCUGAGGAUUGGAAUACUUGGAUGCAUGGCUGAGAGACUCAAAGCACGGAUUUUGGAGAGGAAGAAAGCGGUGGAUCUUGUAGCUGGACCGGACAGUUAUCGCGAUUUGCCGAGACUGUUGUCUAUUGUGGAGAAUCAUGAAACUGCAAUCAACGUCCAACUGUCGGCGGAGGAAACUUAUGCUGAUAUUACCCCUGUGAGACUGAAUCCAGACUCGGUUUCUGCAUUUGUAUCAAUCAUGAGAGGAUGUGACAACAUGUGCACCUAUUGCAUCGUUCCUUUCGUACGAGGAAGAGAAAGAUCGAGGCCACUAGAAAGUAUUUUGAAUGAAGUACAACAAUUAUCUGAGCAAGGAAUAAAGGAAAUCACUCUAUUGGGUCAAAACGUCAACAGUUACCGAGAUUUAUCACAAUGUCAUUAUUACUUUGGUGAAAAAAACCCUACUCAUCUUGCCAAAGGAUUCAGAACGGUUUACAAGAAUAAAUUAGGUGGACUCAGAUUUAGUGAUCUGCUGGAUAAAGUUUCACUGGUCAAUCCCGAAAUGCGAAUUAGAUUUACAUCUCCACAUCCAAAAGAUUUUCCAGACGAAGUUCUCCAUUUAAUAUCUGAAAGACCAAACAUUUGUAAACAAAUUCAUUUACCAGCACAGAGUGGAAAUUCUGCAGUCCUGGAGAGAAUGAGGAGAGGAUACACUCGUGAAUCUUAUCUGGAAUUAGUUGAACAUAUUCGUAGUAUAAUACCUCAAAUAAAACUAUCGAGUGACUUUAUUGCUGGAUUCUGCAAUGAAACUCAUGAGGAAUUUGAAGAUACAAUGACGUUGAUAGACCAAGUUAAAUUUCAUCAAGCUUUUUUGUUCCAGUAUAGCAUGCGAGAGAAAACUACAGCUCAUCGGAGAUAUGAAGAUAAUGUAUCACCAGAAAUGAAAAGCCAACGUUUAACAAGAAUGAUACAUUUAUGGCGGUCUCAAGUAGAGAAUCUGAACAGGUUGCAGGUUGGAACGCAUCAGCUGGUUUUAAUUGAAGGGCUGAGUAAAAAAUCAUCUCAUGUUUUACAAGGCCGAACAGAUGGCAAUACUCGUGUAAUAAUCCACGAUCCAGCAAUUCCUAGUGACAGGAAAACCGAUGUAUCUAAGACGAUAAACUCAGGAGAUUACAUUGUUGCCCAAAUCUGCGGCUCGAAUUCGAAUACACUCACUGGAAUACCUUUAUACCACACAACGAUAUCAGAAUACGCAAGACAAAUAGCGAGUCAAAAACAGCGUCAUGGCCAGUACUCCUAGGAUAUGCAUACUCAAAACGGAGUGCUGUUUUGUGUAGAGGAAACAGGAAAAAAAUGUUGUAAUCAGUUGAACGUAAUGUAUAUAUUUUAUUUAGACUGAAUAAAUAUCUCUGCUUUACGAUA